AUGGGAGACUAUGAAGCAGGCAGGAAGAUCUUUAUUCAAAAGUGUGCCCAGUGCCACACAGUGGAAAAAGGUGGAAAGCACAAGACUGGCCCAAAUCUUUGGGGUCUUUUUGGCCGACAAACAGGGCAAGCACCAGGAUUUUCUUAUACUGAUGCAAACAGAAACAAAGGUAUUAUCUGGGGAGAGAACACUCUGAUGGAAUAUUUGGAGAACCCAAAGAAAUAUAUCCCUGGAACUAAGAUGAUAUUUGCUGGUCUUAAAAAGAAGAGUGAUAGGCAAGAUGUUAUUGAAUAUUUGAGACAGGCAACAUCUUAA